AUGGAGCUGCUGCUCGGUGUCCUGGCACUGGUGACGCUGCUGUCCCCAGGCCUGGCCUGUCCCAGCCCCUGCUCCUGCUCCACCAAGAAGAACGGGCGCCUGCUGGCCGAGUGCGCCUACCGGGAGCUCCGGGACGUGCCUCGGGGCCUGUCCCCAAAUGUCACCAUCCUCACGCUCUCCGCCAACCGCCUGGGCCGCCUGGGCCGCGCCUCUCUGGCCGAGGUGCCCGAGCUGCAGUCGCUGUGGUUGGGCUACAACCACAUCUCGGUGGUGGAGCCCGGCACCUUCGCGGCGCUGCCUCACCUCAAGAACCUGGACCUGAGCCACAACCGGCUGGCGGAGUUCCCGUGGCAGGACCUGCGCAACCUCAGCGCGCUGCAGAUCCUCAAGCUGAGCAACAACCGGCUGGCAGCGCUGCCCGGCGGGGCCCUGGCCGGCCUGCGGGAGCUGCGCUCGCUCUGGCUCAACGACAACGAGCUCACCACGCUUGCCCGCGGCACCUUCGAGUCGCUGCCGGCGCUGGCGCAGCUCCAGCUCUUCCACAACCCCUUCAACUGCUCCUGCAAGCUCUUCUGGCUCAAGGAGUGGGCCGACAGCACCUCGGUGGUCAUCUCCAGGGCCGGCUCUACGCUGUGCGCGGCCCCGGCACGGCUGCGGGGCCGCGCCGUCACCGACGUGCCGGGCUCGCUGUGCGUGGCGCCUUCUGCCCAGCUGACCUAUCUGUCCAGCCCGGCCAAGGCCGGGCCUAGGGACGGCCUCACGCUGACCCUGCACUGCAGCGUGGCCGGCAGCCCCCCGCCCGAGAUCCGCUGGCAGAUCCGCACGGCCGGCGGCCGCGUGGACAUCCACGGGCCCACGGUGGCGCGGGACGGCGGAGCCAAGGCGGGCCGGCGGCGCUUCCUGGCCUUCAAGAACGGCACCAUGGCCAUCCCCGACUUCGGCAAGGAGGACGAGGGCACCUACACGUGCGUGGCGGUCAACGACGUGGGCACGCGCGACGUGUCGGUCAGCGUGGCGCUGGCCGGCUCCGAGAUCCCGGCCGAGGAGCUGCCCCGCGAUGAUCCCCAGGUCGGGCAGCCCGGCGGGCACAGCUGCUCCAAGGGCGACGAGCUGGAUCCCUCCGGCAUGGGCGAGAAGCUGCUCAUCGUCUACCACGUGCCCAGGGAGGUCAGGAGUGGCGCGGGGGCCCGAGAAUUUCGCUUGGGAAUUCUGCCCGUGGCUCUGGGGUUGCUGCUCUGGUGA